GCCUCUGGAUUGCCUGUCCUCGGGAUUUUAAGGAUGAGCUUCCCGGGUGAGAAGGGCCCUUCCCAGCUCCCCUUCUGUCCAGGAGCCCAGAGCAAGGAGCUGCUGAUCUCCCAUGUCCAGGGGGCCCUGGGCUGCUGAAAGACAUGAUUGAAAGUGCCACUGCAAACCAAAAAUGGGCCCCGUCCCUGGCUGUAAGUACUGUCUCAGGGAAGCAAACAGCUUCUACGGUCACCUUCUGAGCCAGGAACUGCAGGACUGCCCAUUCCGAAAUCAGCUGUGAUCCCAGACAGAACAAGGGGAAGAGCUGUGGGUCCCAGAUAUGCAAGGCCAUGAGGUGAUUGUGAGCUGUGCCCACACAGCAGGUGAUGGGAUGCCGAGAGAGAAUGAGGAGCAGAAGCCCCUGCAUGAAGCCCCUGAGAUGGUGGAGUCUCCCGUGACUUUACCCACGAGAUCCCAGAGCCCUGAGCGGGGAGGAGGCCGUGAGACUCGGUGCAGAUCAGAAAGGCGGCGGAGGAACCCGCUGGCACAGAGCUGGGGUAAAUCUGCUCAGGUGGGAGAUGGCCUCGCCCACCAGGAGAGACCAAACACAUGCGCGGACUGCGGAAAGAGCUUCAACAAGAGCUCGUCUCUGACUAUCCAUCAGCGAACCCACACAGGGGAGCGGCCCUAUGCCUGCCCCGAGUGCGGGAAAUGCUUCACUCAGAGCUCCACCUUCCUGCGGCACCAACGGAUCCACACUGGCGAGCGGCCCUACGACUGCGCCGAGUGCGGAAAGAGCUUCCGGGUCAGCUCCCACCUGGUCCGACACCAGCGGAUCCACACGGGGGAGCGGCCUUAUGUGUGCGCUGAAUGCGGGCGGAGCUUCAGCGUCAGCUCCCACCUGGUGCAGCACCAGCGGACACACACGGGCGAGCGGCCCUACCGCUGCGCGUGCGGGAAGAGCUUCAGCCUGAGCUCCCACCUCAUGCAGCACUGGACCAUCCACACGGGUGAGCGGCCCUACCAGUGCGCCCAGUGUGGGCGGAGCUUCUCCAUGAGCUCCGCCCUCAUCAGGCACCAGAGACUCCAUGCAGCCGACGCUCCCUGCCAGUGCGCCCAGUGCGGGAAAAGCUUCAGCCGCGGCUCGGAGCUGAGCGAGCACCAGAAGAUCCACACAGGGGAGCGGCAGCACGAGUGUGCCCAGUGCGGGAAGAGCUUCAGCGCAAGGUCCAAUCUCCUCCAGCAUCAGCGGACCCACGCAGGCGAGAGGCCCUACACCUGUGCCCACUGUGGGCGGAGCUUCAGCCGGAGCUCGAACCUUAUUACACACCAGAGAAUCCACACGGGCUAAGAGCCCAGCACAUAUGAAAGCCAUGGGCCAACAGCUACAGGCCACAUCCCAUCCAAGACGCGGCCUGGCACGGAAUCCAGGGCAUCUCCUCCUUUUGGGGCAUGUGGAGCUCUUUCCCACUCGUGUGCUGCUCUUGCAAAGCGGUGUGGUGAGGAGACAAAGAGGAGAUGCUGUGGGAAGGGAUAGUUUGGGGUUCGGGAUACAAGGUGAUGGGAAGCAGGAAAGGAGGCAGAAGUGGUUGUUGUUGCUGAGUCAUGAGUGGUUUGAGUUGGGUGAGGGAACGGAGCAGGGUUCCCAGAUAACUCUGGGCCUGUUUGAGUAUCGUGAAUUUGCAUACUUACAUUCUUUUUUUUUCCUUUUUAUUAGUUGGCAAAUCUUAUUUUCAUUUGGGUUGCCUGGGGAAUCCUGAGCCGUGCAUGUCUUGGUCUGGGGCAGGGAGUGAGCUGGUCAAAGAAGGGCGUUCUGAGAUGCCCUCCAAUUAAGGAAAGUUUGGAGUGUUAAAAUCCAGCCAAGCUUCUUGGGACAAGUAAACACAUCAGAGGCUUAAUGCAUGUGAAACCAGGUAAUCUAAAUGGCAGAGCUUGUUGAAAACCAACAAACUGAUUUUGCGGGGGGG